AUGAGUAAAUACGAAUAUGCUAAACGUUUGAAACGUAUGCUUAAUAAUGAGUGUGAAAUUACCGAAAUGGAAACAAACAUCGCGCGCAAAUGUGGCAAGCAUUACGAACAGAUGACCAAAUUAAAGACCAUGUUAAACAAACAGGAACAUGAACUUAGUCGAUACCGAGAUCAAUUGGAAAAACUGAGGAUACAAACAGAAAAAUUUGAAGAUUUUGUGCUGGCCGAAGAGGAACGCUUGAAAGGUAUUCAUCAAAAUAUUGAAAGAUUACGUAAAGAAUGUGAUGAGACGGAACAACAACGUCUGGCACAAAGAAAACAGGAAUUGACCAGAAGGAGAUUUAUUCAUGAAAUAAAGGAGACCACACAAAUGUACUUUAACGAGGAUGCCCUGCCGCACAGGUUUCAAGGUGUUUGCAUCGAACGUACAGAGACAUCCUGCGAAUGGAAACCGUUUUGUGUUGAUGCCAAACAAUGGCUAGAGUUUCUAGAAGAACAAUGGAAACAGCAACAACACGAAAAUAAAGAAAACAAUGCCCCCAAUCCAAUGGAAUGUGAUGAAAGUGCACAAAAAGGGAAAUAG